AUGUUGCCAUAUAAUUUGGUGAAAAUUUUGUCAUUGUUUCUUGGAGUAAUUAAUGCACGCUCUAUGUAUCUUGAAGGUGCUGCAAAUCUCACUGAUGAAAUUGAACCAGAAUGUUCUAAAAAAUCAGUAAAGAAAUACGCUCCUAACGCUAACGACGAUCACUCUGAAAAAUCAAGGAAAACAAUUGAUGAAAUCGUUGAAAUGUGGAAAGAUGAUAAUUCAUUCCGAUUCGAAGUGAAUGACGAUUUUGAAAUUAUUAAGAAAUGGAUCAACGAUGAAUUCAGUUACUUAGACAACCAUCGUGACCUAUGA